AGAUGUUCCGCUGUAUUAUUUUGUGGUUAUUUUCUGCGCGCGCUAAUGCCGACUUGCUGCCGGCGUUGCGUUUCGUUUGGAAAAAGUGGAUCUCUAAGUGGCAUCUGUAUAUUUAAGUGACUCCAUGACCCACAGAGGCACCAGCCUGACUGCUUAGAUAAGCGUGCGAGAUUAGCGAAAUACUAAAGCGAUGCUAACCCUACUAAUUCGCCUGGCGGCGACGGCCAUACCUGUUUGUGCCAUUCUCUUUGUGGCCGGCACGUUUAUGUUCAAGGUUUAUAUUAGCAUACGAUCCCGCUACGACGCCCGUGUAAACUGCUGGUUCUGCAAUGGAAACGUACGAGUUCCGUACCAGGAUCGCAACAGUUGGACCUGCCCGUCGUGCGAGCAGUACAAUGGAUUCACCAAGGACGGCGAUUACAACCGGGAUAUUACGUCGCAGCGGGACUGCAGUCUCGGCUCCCAGAAGAACAGCUCUAAAGGCAGCUCCAGCAUCUGUGCCAACUCAUAUUACUCUGAUGUCCUGACUGCUCAACCUCCUGCUUGCAAAAACGGCCUGUGCGACCAGUGCAACGAGGCGCAGCGCCUGAAGGUCGAGAAGCUCUCCCAAUUCGAGCCCAAGAACGAAUCCAGAUUCGAUCAGGAACUCAAGGUUUACAGAGAACAACUGGAGAAGCAGUUUCGCCUGUGCAGCAGCUGCGAACGACAUGUGAAUAAAGUCCUGCACGAAAAGAAGAAAAUGGUGUUGAGCUCCAAGUUCUUGAACUAUAUCAUCAAGGGAGCAUCGCUGCUCAAGCAGCCGCACUUCAACCGAUUGGCCAUUGCCCAACGGCAGUUCAAGCUGCAGCGAUACCGCACUCUGAUGACCAUCCUGACUGUAGUGAACAUUUUGUGCCUGCUCUGCCGGCUGCCGAAUGCAACUUCCAUUCAGUUUACGACUUACCUUGGAAAAUUCAUUGGGCUAACCUUGUUCUAUGCCUACUCCCAUGUGCUGGCCUUAAUUCGAGUGGUGACUUCGGGCGUGGGCAUUUUCCUGGAACAGCGCGAACUGACAAGCAAACUUUUAUUGUACGGCCGUACCUUUGGCAAACUCUUGCUGUAUUCGCUGGGCUUAAGCCAACAGCAGGUGCAGCAAGCAACCUUCGCAUCGUGUUUUAUUGGGAUCUAUCCAUAUGCCAUGCUGGCCCUGUGUUUCCUGCACACGAUUUACGACGGAUUGAAAUUUACACGAUUCACCAUUGCUCUAUUGCUAUGGAGUGGGUAUGCCAUGGGUAUCGAAUUCCUGGAUCCUUACAUCAGUGGAAUAUCUUUUAUACUGAUGGGAAGUUUUGUAACCCUUGUUCUGUUGGCCACCAACAGGACCAAUCUGUUGAGUCAAGUGAAUCAGGACGAGUCUGCCUGCGAGAGCUUCCAUCGCCUCUGUGCGGACGAAUGCGAUGAUGAAACGCUGAGCAUUCUCAGUCAGCACUUAAGUGGAUACAGUGAUAUCAGCAAUGGCAAUUUGUCCAGGCGAACCGCCUCUGUGUGCCACUCACCCGCCCCCACGAUUGCCCAGCGAACAAUUCGGACGCCUGCUUCUGUGCUGUCCCUGGACUCGUUGCAUCUGUCGAAGCAACGGUUGGAACAGCAGGCUUGGUCUUCGAACUAUGGUGAUGCCUCUACAGUGGUUGCACCGCGAGUCCAGCCGGCGAUGACGUUUCAACAGAAACACAUGAGAAACCCAUUAGAGUCCCAAUGGUAUCGCCAUGGACAAAGUAACCUGGCACAAGGCCAAACUUUCACUAGAUCCUCGCAAAAUCUUUUGAUGCCAUCGCGUUUGCCGUCCAUAAACAGGAAUGUCGGCGGAGCUGAUAUUAGCGCCUGGGUGGCGGCCAAUCAAAGUUUCAACCAAGAUCUAAGCACUUCCAAUCUAAUGAGACAUUACGAAGAUAAACAGCAGAAUCAACUUUCCCGCACUUCGUCACAAUCUUCUGGGUUUGAGUCGCAGCCACGUCCAGAAGCCCAAUACGGAACAGGUGCUCCAACUGUAAGGGAUUACGGCUGGUCCGAAGCCCGUGAGAGUCAGCGAAAUCUCGCAGUUUUUCCGCCAAUGCCAUCGCCUACGCCCACAAUAACGCCUAGUGAAUAUCAAUACUCGAGGACCACUCUUCCGCAGCAACAGCCAACUAUGCAGCCGGGAGAUUUACUUAGGAAGUGGAUCGAGAGCAACUCAAAACCCUCACAGCCAAUACACUAAUGUGAUGAGAGCAUCAUAAAUAUCUAGAACAACUCAGAAAAAAUUCUAGAAGAGAUCACCGCCAGUUGGGAAAUUAUACAAAUUUGACUUAACUUAAUUAUCAAAUAAUUUAUUUUUGACUUUCAGUUUUUAAGGUUCUUUA